CGCCGCCGAGGUCGAUAGUACCUGCUGCAGCGCAAUGACAUGGCCAUGAAGGCAUGAACCAUAAGCUGGUUCAGCACGUGCGCCGUUUCCAGUUUGGGAAAAUUUGCCUAAUCUGCCUGUGGCAAAGUCGUCCUAGUUACCUGAACGAUCCGGCAACCUGACGUCACGACGCACGCGCCGGACUGAAGCGAACAGCAAGCGUCGCGGACUCCACUCGCCGCCGCAGCAACCGAUCACUUCGCCUCGCGCGCCUCUUCGAAAUCUCCCCAUCUAAUCCGAGCAGAACAACCAAACCAAACCUGCAAUGCCGCGCCGCCCCGAUCCCAAACCUGCGAUGCGGAGCCGCCGCGAUCCCAAACCUGCGACGCGGAGCCGCCGCGGGCCGCCCCGGCCACGGCCCCGCCUCCCUCCCGGCGAACGCGACCGUCGCCUCGCCGAGGAGGUCCUGUACCUCCACUCCCUCUGGCGCCGCGGCCCUCCCGCCGCCGCCCCAACCCAGUCCCGCUCCGCCGGCCGCGUAACCACCGAGAGCAAGCGCCGCAGGCUCGACAGCGCUGCCGCCGCCGCCGAGCCCCAGGAUACCGGGCCCGAGUGGGAACCCGCGCCAUCCCCGCCGAAUUCCUCCCCGAAAACCUGGCCCGAGGCCGCCCCGGCCUCGUCCCCUUCCUCCGUGAAGCCGCAGCCGCCGCCUUCCCCCGGCGCGCUCGCGCAGCGGGAGGCCCUCCGUGCCGCGGCGGAGUUCUUCUCCAACCGCGGCUCCUCCGACGAGGACGACGACGGCGGCUGCGGGUCCGAGUCGGAGCGCGAGCAGGACGCGGCGGGGUUCAUCACGGGUCUGUUCGAGCGGGACGCCGCGCUGCGGGGCCACUACGAGCGGGGCUGUGAGGAGGGGCAGUUCGCGUGCAUGGCGUGCGCAGGGGGGACAAGGAAGCCGGGGCGGCGGUUCCGGGGCUGCGUCGCGCUCGUGCAGCACGCGCGCGCCGCCACGCGGUACGGGAGGCCCCGGGCGCACCGCGCUCUCGCCGCCGUCGUCUGCCGCGUGCUCGGGUGGGACAUCGCCAGGCUGCCUAGCAUCGUGAUCGAUCCCAGGGGCACGCUCGGGCAAGCGCUCGCAGCUGGGGCCACGGCCGAUGUUCAACCGGCGAAGGAGAAUGAUGAUACUGGGGGCAACAAUGACUCGUCGAGUGAUGAGGAUGAAGAAGAGGAAGAAAUUGAGAAAGAGAAUGGAUACCCAGGUGCGGAUGGUGACGAAGAGGACAGUGAACUAGAGAACAGUGAAUACUCUGCUGAGAAGGAGAAUGUUGAAAAAAGGACGGAGGACUCUAGAAACACUGAGGAGGAGGAGAUGGAUGAUGAUGAUGAUGAUGAGGAGGAGGAGGAGGAGGUGGAGGAGGUGGAGGAGGUGGAUUUUGAACUAGAUAACGGCGACAAGUCUGCUGAAAAGGAGGAAUUGGAAGAAAAAGGCUCAUGGAAUUCCAAAGAGAUUUCUAAGAAUGAAGUGCUUCGUAAUGAAUCGGUCCAGGAGGUCAAUGCCAGUAAGGAUGAUUCUUUGAACCAAGGUAAUAAUGAAGAAGUUCACAGGCAAGAGAUUGCUAAAGAAUCUUCUGGACAGGAGAAUACAAACAAUGCAUAUCUACCAGGCUCCAAAGAUAUAUGUAAAAACGAAGAGCACUUUAAAGAAGCUGCUGUCCAAGAGGAAUUAGAUGCUACAGAGAGUGAAAAACAGCAUGCUAAAACUGCAGAUGAUACUGGAGAUACUGCUGUCACCAGCUUAGGAAAUUCAUCAACAGUACCUCCAUCCUCAUCUGUUUUGUAUCAAAAGUCACAUGUGUCAGGCCUUAAUGCGUAUAUGCCUUAAUUGGUUUCAAGUUUCCUGACAACAUGCUACAAGAUACAUUAGCUCCAGUUGAUGUCAUUAGUUACAUAAUUACAUGGCAUGCAGUAACAAUUGCAACUGUUUAAAGUUGAAUUCGUCAAGAAGGUAUCUGCGUCUUUUGUAUUUAUUCAAUAUCCUGCUUCAUUUCAUCUGCUUUCUCUUGUAGUGUACCCUAUAUCAUAGCGGUUAUGCACAGAUAUGGCAUCAAGGCAGUUGUAACUAUUUACCACGCAGCUCCGGUCUUACAUCACAAAUUUGUAGUGCUUUAUUAGCAGAAACUCUAGAAGCAUCUCAUGUAUUCCUGGUAGCUGUGCGAAGACGAUUGCUGAAAUCCCUUUUGGAGCUUCAUUGGAUGGCUGGUGUUCGUGUUGAAGGCGCACCAGACUCCUUUGGCUAGCUGCUUAGCUGAUAUAGCCGCCAGUAUGCAGACACUAAUUCACUUUAUAAAAUUUGUAUUUGAGAUUUUGGGAGGCGCGGCUCCAGUGGUCGUGAAACUGUGAGGAACAUUUCCUCCACGAAGUAGCUGUUACCUACUUGA